AUGGAUUACAUCCCGUUGCAAGACCCCACUCACUCCUCUCACCGCGGCCGCUUCUGGUAUCAUGCUUUUGUCCACGCCCUCUCGGUCCUGCUCGCUGCCACCGCCGUCGCCUUAUUCCCCGCCUUCUCCUACAAGCCAUGGUCGCUGCCGACGACAUAUCCUCUCAAGACCACCCAGCAGUACCUCAACUUCAUCGUCGUUGCCCUGGCUCUCUUACUAUCCUCACUCCUACAGCAUUGCCUGGCCAUUACCAACAACACCGAAGUCGAGGCCGAGUUCGCAAGCAAGAGUCUUACUCUCGCAGCAUUGCAGGCUCGUGCUGCCGCAAACGGCAAAGAUGUCAUUGACAUGCUCCGCUAUGCCUCGCGCAAUGCCCGUCUCUGGAGGAUCUCGGGCCCAUUCGCCGUUGCCAUCUUCGCAUUCAGUGCCAUGUCCUGGGUCCUCUCUAUCGUCUUCGUUAUCGACGCAAAACUGCUCCCGCACGACAAGCUCACCACCGUCCCCGUCUCCCUCGGAGCCGAUAUACCUACUCUUCCGGAUGCUUGUCGUGGCUCACUGACCGCUGAAGGUUGUACUUACGAUCUGGCUAUGAGUGCACUAACCUCCCAGCUCAUCACACAUACUCCGUACACCUUCAACAACGUCACCUUCUCCGGACCCGAGGGUACACGGGCACUGCCUGUUGGUGUAAUGCAAAACUUCGCAGACCAAGCGGUGAAUAGUACUUUCGGCCAGGAAAUGAGCAGAUACUGUUUGCCACUGCUGCGACCGAACCUCGUCAACUGCUCGACUGCGGGCGAAGGCCGUGCGAAAUACGUCUACAUGUCCACAGUGAUCGACACUUUCCUAGACAUUCCUUACGACACCUACUCGGUCAUCAUCAAUCCGGACACCGACGCGAACCAGACCUAUGUACUCACGAGCUCGAACGACAAGAGGGGUGUGAUGGCAGUUGCCCACAGCGAGAAGAAAGGCGAGAUAGCCCUUUCCAUCUUGACAGGGUCUGGACAGUACGCCGAUUUACUCUCCAAGCUCGCAACCGGCCAAGACGCCCCUUUCACCAAAGAGAAGUACAAUGAGACCACAUACACCGUGCUCUGCGAGGCCCCCUUCGACGAUACAACUUACUCUUGGAACUGGGUCGAGUUCUCGUUGAACGGAGGCGUCAUGACCGCGAACAUGACCGAUGACACAUGUCGCGAGAACAAGGGCAAGUCGCCAAUGGUUUGGCUAGACUAUGCGCUCGAAGGCGCCACGAGUUCCGCACAGCUCAGAGAUGGGUAUAGCAAGCUUCUCAACACCGAUUACCUCUCUCAAACUGGCGCCGACUACGAGCGAAUGAAGGCAUAUGGCAUGUCUCCACUGGAGUACAUCUUGUCCCAUAUUGAGGCAAUUGUUCAGACUGCUUGGACUGCGGUGGGUGAUGAGCAUCUAGAUCUCGACAAAGAAGAGUUGCACUGA